AUGUCAGAGUCUGUCGCUUCGCAGUUCCGCGCCAUCGUGGCGGAGCGUGAGCAUCAAAUCCGCGAGUCGUGGGUGAAAGCAAUGGAGCUCAGAAUCACUCGUGAUGUGCUCAAUCAGUGCCAGAAGGCUGAAGGGGUUAAUAAUUUUGAGAACUGCAAAGAGGUAGCAGACCGGUAUACUAGCAUGCUAGCGGAUUCGAAGGUCAAGGGGUACCGUAAAAUAGACGUUGCAUCAUGA